CAUUAAAAAAAUAAAAAUAAUAGUAUUAAAAUUGAAGCAUACUAUAUAAACAGAAUGAAUCACACAAAAUCUACAUACAAUCAGAUCCAGCGAUGCAAUUAUUAGUGAGCGCAAAGUGUUAACAGCUUAAAAGGGUAUCCAGAAGAUCUCUCUGAUUCCAUCUCACUGAAAUCAAAUUUCUCUUUGCAAGGAAGAAAUCAAUCCCUUUUGUGCUAUCAAAUAUCAAGAGAAAAGGAAGGAAGAAACGCACUACACACAGUAGAGCUGAGGAAGAUGGGGAGCAACUACUUCGGCGAUCAGAAUUACUUGGGCAACGAGAGGGGCGCGGGGGGGUUGUCGUCGUCUUCUUCGUCGUCGUCGUCGAGAAAAGGGAAGAAGAGCGGCUCCGAUAAGCCUAAGCAGCCGCAGAGGGGGCUGGGGGUGGCGCAGCUUGAGAAGAUUAGGUUGCAUAGUCAACUCGGAUGCACAUAUUUACCUUCUGUUCAUCACAACCCUUAUGCCUCCACUUUCACCCAGGAGGAUAUGAGGCUGCAAACAGCUCCUUCUUCGUCGUUGUCGUCGUCCUCCUUCUCGUAUUCAUCGUCGUCGUCGCCUCCUUACGGCUUCCAGGGACACCAUGGAGUCAUGAUGGGAUUGCCAGAUUUAGAUGGGGCAAAUCUUGCUUACGGAGAUUCCCAACCCACCAAUGUUGCAAGAUGGCAUCAAGGCAAUGCAGGCUACGGAACUCAACAUUUUGUUGAGCCAAGCAUGACUAGAUCCUUCUUCGAAGCUCCGGCUCAGGGCUCCCACAACAUGAACAUGAAAGAUGGGUCGAGUAGUCUGAACUCGGAAUCCAGUAGCUCACAAGAGAUAGAUUUGGAGCUCAAACUCUCGCUGUGAACUUCUUCUUCUUCUUCUUCUUCUUCUUCUUCUUCUUCUUCUUCUUCUUCUUCUUCUUCUUCUUCUUCUUCUUCUUCUUCUUCUUCUUCUUCACACUCUCCUCUCUCUGCAACUUAUAGCGUAUGUGGAUCUCGCGUGUAAGUUGGAGGAUAUAAGUCCAAAAACUAGCAACUAUGCACAAGUUUAAGAUAAACAUUGUGUAUUUGUUACAGUUUGAUAGCUUGCUAUGUGAUUGGAAUUGAUAACCUAGCCUCUUAUAAUGAAAUGAAGUUUGUCAA